AUGAUCUGGCUCAAUAACGUUGAUUGCCCGGAGUCGAAAUUCGACGGCAACUUUAUGGCGUACUACGAGUGGAAUGACCCUCGGCUCACGUGGAACGCGUCCGAAUUUGAUUUCGCGAACAUUACUGUUCCGAUCGAUAAAAUUUGGUUCCCCAAGUUGAAAUUUCAAAACAUCAACACAGAGGGAGAAAAUGGCGAUCUCGAUGAAGAGCUGGCGACUGUUCACAGCGACGGACGCGUCUGGGUUCUCAAGACAUUUUACUACGUCGGAUUUUGCAACAUCGAGUCGAAGUUUUACCCGUACGACAGGCACUACUGUUAUAUUCAAGCAAUGUCGCAAGGGACGGAUGUUCAUUUGGCCCAGGAAUCGAAUAAGAUAUUCGUCAAUCCGUCGAUAAAUACCUUUCACACAAAGUGGCUGGUAACUGACACGCGCUCAGAAGUCACAAACGCGAUUCCGAACAAUGAAACAAUGCUCGACAAAAAUUCUUCUCGACUGUUCAAUGCGCAUAUUCUGUCCGGCGAAAUCGAGGUCGUCCGUAGAUAUCGCCAUGGGAGAAUGAUCGUCGUCUUCCCCUUGUAUAUUCUUGGACUGGCAUCACUCGCUAUUUUCAUGAUCCCCAUCGAGACCGGUGAACGGUAA